CCUCAUAUAGAAACAAUAUUGAAAAAUUUUUCAUUCAGAGUAAAGGGAAAGUGUUAGGACAUGGAGGAGAGACAGAGGCAUUUUUUGUUGAUCCAUGGAGCCUGUCAUGGAGCAUGGUGUUGGUAUAAGGUGGCUACUCUGCUGAAAUCAGCUGGUUACAAAGUUACAGCUUUGGACAUGGCUGCUUCUGGAAUACAUCCUAUGCAAGCUGACGAUAUCCAUUCAUUGUCUGAAUAUUUUGAGCCGUUGAUGCAAUUCAUGAUGUCUCUGCAGCCACAAGAGAGGGUGAUUCUAGUAGGUCACAGUAUGGGUGGGCUCUGUAUAUCUUCCGCCAUGGAAAGGUUUCCUGAGAAAAUUUCUGCUGGAGUCUUUGCUGCAGCUUUUAUGCCUGGCCCUGACCUCAGUCUCACUACUCUAUCUGAAGAGUAUGCCAGACAAGUUGAUUCAUAUAUGGACACAAAAUAUUAUUUUGCUGAUGGACCAAACAACCCUCCAAGCUCCAUUUUGUUUGGACCCAAGUUCCUCGAAACCAAGUUGUACCAGCUUUCCCCAGCUGAGGAUCUGAUUCUAGCUAAUCUGUUGGUAAGAUCUGUUCCUUUCCGUCGUCAUGCAGAUGCACAGAAUAUAGAAGUCACCAGAGAGAAAUAUGGAUCAAUUCCUCGAAUUUACAUUGUGUGUAACCAGGAUAAGAUAAUCAAGGAGGAGCUUCAGAGGUGGAUGAUAAAAAAUAAUCCUACUGAUGAAGUUAAGGUUAUUGCUGAUUCUGAUCACAUGGUCAUGUUUUCUAAACCACAGGAGCUGUGUUCUUGUCUCCUUGAGAUUGCCAAGAACUACCUGUGAAUUCAUGCAGAUAAUAAGAGAAGUCAAAUGAUUUCAUCCAUGAAGAACAAGUCAAAUGCUACAUUAAUCUUAAUCAUAUGUAUAUUUGUGUGCUAUGUUUAGCAGAUGAUUGGAAAGUUGUUGUGGGUUGGAAGCCAUUGGCAUAUGAUAAGAACUGUUCAUCUCAAUCAUACUAUAUAUAUUCAAUGACCCAUCUUUAGAA